AUCAGUUGACCUUGAAAGUUCGCGGUUUGUACCAGUAGGUUCUGUAACUGUUAGAAUGGUUGGAAACGUGACGUUUGCGAACUACCCUUGAAAAAUUUUGCAACUUUACACAACUAGGCCGAUUUCUGACCGACCGGCCGAAACCGAAAGACCAAGACCGCCGACAUCGGAAGUUCAGAACUCGUCGAUCUGCGAAUUUUGAAUCGACACCAAACGACAGAAACGAACACAACCAUGGGAUCGGAAUACGACGAUUCACACUCGUCGAAACUGUCGAGGAAAAUUCAUGAAAACCCAUUCAUGCCAGUUGGUAUCGCAGGGCUGAUCCUUGCCUGUGGCUUUGGAGCUUACCAAUUUAAAAACAAAGGGAAGAUGUCCACAAGCGUGUAUCUGAUGCAGUUACGAGUUGGUGCUCAAGGGACAAUUAUCGGCACUCUUGCCAUCGGUGUUGUUUACUCCUUACUCAAAAACCACGUUUUCAACAAAACGGACUGACCCGAAUAAAAAUUAGGAACAAAUUAGUGACACGUGUACAAGUAUGUGAAAGCGAACCAGUUGUAUUUUUUCCGUACCAAAAAAAAAAUCAACAUUAACCAAAAUAUUUUUAAUGAAUAAUAUGUAUAUAGCAUAUUAUUGUUAUUUAUUUUCUUUAUUGAUACAUCAGGAAGUAAAGAUUGCCGAAAAUCA